AAGAGAAAGAAAGAGAAAAUCCGAGAGAGUUUUCUUACCAUUGUAGUGCAUUAAGGAUAAAUGGCAAGAGGAGUGAAUUGUAAUGCUCCAAAAACCAUCAUGAACCUUAUUAUGCUCAUUUCGAUUCUUUGCUUUUGCACCAAAUCAGUCAAUUUUGAAGGACAAGCUUCGCGUCUGCCUGCUGUAGAAGUCAAAUUUGAAGGACAAGCUUCGCGUCUGCCUGCUGCAGAAGAACCAAAAUCUACUGCUCUGGCGGAGAACAACGUGUAUUCAGUGUGGGCCUUCCCGCCGGAUGACGUGGCGCUCAGGCUGAAGAAGCUGAUGCAGGGUCUCCGGGACGAGUUCAGUGGGCCCGAGUUCGAGCCCCACAUCACCGUUGUGGGGGCCAUCAGCCUAACCCCUGAGGACGCCCUCAACAGGUUCAAAUCGGCUUCUCGGGGCCUCAAAGCCUACGAUGCCAAAGUUGACCGUGUGGCCACCGGCACUUUCUUUUACCAGUGUGUUUUUCUCCUCAUAAAUCCAACCCCUCAGGUGGUGGAAACUAGUGCACACUGCUGUGGGCAUUUCGGUUUCAAUAGCUCCACUCCUUAUAUGCCACAUUUGAGCAUCCUUUACGCGGACCUGACAGAAGAAGAGAAGAAGAAAGCUCAAGAAAACGCCAACAGUCUUGAUGAGAGCAUUGGCAGCCUGAGCUUCCCGGUAACUCGCCUUGCAUUGUACAAAACCGACACCGGAGAUAAAACUCUCAAAUCAUGGGAGAAGAUUGCUGAGUGCACCCUUGAAGCCAACUAGUUCUCUUCUCUUAGUGCAUGUUUAUAGGCUUAUAACUUAUGGCCAGUGUCCCUGUCGUAUGUUUUAAGUAAACGCUUGGUUUGGAAAGUGUGUGUUCCUUCUUUUUUCUAUGAGACUUUAAGCACAUGAGCCCUUUGACAUGAAUUUAAUGGGAUUUCCGGCUAAGGUUACCAUU